AUGGAGAAUUCUGACAAAAAGAAGGACGAAGCAUUUCAUUUAUCCAUCCUUGUGUCUGAUCCUCAAAAGCAGCGAAACGAACACGCAAAAUCAUCCUCUUAUGUCACAUACCAAAUAUCAACUAAAACAGAUAACAAGUCAUACCACAACACGUAUCGAAAACAUCACCAAGGCGAAACUACCGGCAAUGAUAGCAUCGACAUCAUCGUAGUGCACAGAAGAUACAGUGAUUUCUUGCUACUGCAUAACAUACUCAGCCAGGACCACCCUACAUGCAUUAUUCCUCCCCUCCCAGACAAGAAAGUCUUUCAAUACAUCGCAGGUGAUAGAUUCAGCUUGAGCUUCACUCAGAAGAGAUGUCAUAGUUUACAAAACUUUCUGCGCCGAAUCUCUGAGCACCCUGUGCUAUCCCACUCAAGGAUGCUGGAGACAUUUUUGGUAAGUGGCGAUUGGGAUGCAUAUCGUCGAAGCUUGAGUGGGACUCUAAAUGGCAAUAAGGACGAAGUGAGUGAUGCAUUCAUGAACGCUUUCAAAACUGUUCAUAACCAAAGCGAAGAGUUUGUAGAGAUAAAGGAAAAAAGUGAGAAGUUGGAUCACAAUGUUGCCAAAAUUGAUAAAAUAUUCAAUCGUGUCGUGAAAAGACAGGAAGCCAUCUCAGAGGACUACGCAAAGUUCAGUAGCAACUUGCAAGAACUACAGGAGUUGGUUUCAAACGAUGCUGAGGAAGAUGAAGCUUUGCGCUCAAAAGUGAAAUUUUUCAACGAGGGGAUUGCACAACUUUCUUAUGGCCUACGGGAUUUGAGCAAGUUUCUUGAUUAUGAAUAUAUUGUAGAUCUCAAGGAUAUGGAGCACUAUAUCGAGAGCGUGAAACAGACCAUCAAGCUGAAAGAUCAAAAGCAGAUAGAUUAUGAGGAGCUCAACGAUUAUCUCACAAGGUCUAUUAAUGAAAAGAACAAUCUGGUAUCUGGUUAUGGAGGAGGCAACUAUUUCACAAGCAAACUUGAAGAACUUGCUGGAAUUAAUCAGGAGGCUGCUCGCCGCGAAAAAAUCGCAAAACUCGAGGGCAAGAUUACUUCGUUGACCUCAGAGGUGGAUAACGCUAAAGAAGUUGCAGAUGUGUUUGAAAGCGAGGUAUUCAAAGAAGUGAAUAUUUUCGAGGAAAUCAAGACAAAAGAACUUAAAGCUUCUUUGGCGUCACUUGCAGACAACCAAAUUGAGUUUUACAAGAAAAUGGUAGAUACAUGGACCAAAGUCGAAGAAAACCUAUGA